AUGCCCAACAUCGGGAAACCUAGCCCCAACUGCCACCUUUGUCGCCAAAGGAGGGUCAAGUGCGAUCUAGCCAGGCCUCAAUGUCAGAGGUGCGUCAAGUACGGGGUCCAGUGUCCCGGGUACCGCGACGACGACGAGCUGCGCUUCCGGCACACCGAUUCCGCGACGUUCAGGGACCGGAGACGGAAGAAGCAGCAACAGACCCACCCGGUGUCUUCGCCGCCGGCUUUUGAGGCGGUUGAUUCUGCGCCCGGUUCGCCCGCGUCGCCCGCGUCGUCCCAGCAAUCAGACGCCUCGGGAUACCGCUCUACCGGUACGCCUCCCCUGCCUCUUCUGCGACCCGUCCAUCAACACUGGACGGCUGAGGCUAUACCGCUUGUAAUCAGCUUCUAUCCAGGUUUGAACUUCCUUCCGGAAAUGUUCAGCCGUGUCCAGCCCGACCACUGUCUCGCUCUUGCUGGCCAAGUCUGCGCCAGGGCAUACAUGAUCAACCGCUUUAGAUCGAAAACGGACUACCGUGAGCUUUCCAAACUUCUGGGUAGCGCCUUGGCAUCGGUACAGGAGGCCAUCAUGAGUACCAAGGCGCACAAAUCCGAUCUCACAAUUGCGGCAGUCUGGAUGCUCGGGAACUACGAGGCAAGUCCUCUGUUGAUGGGCGACGUGGGGCGGCGGCGGUCCUUCAUAACAACCAAGGAACGAGGGUUCGCUCCCGAGUCUCCCUGGCAUAUCCACGGCCAAGGAAUAUUGAGCCUCCUUCGCGCAAGAGGUGACCGCCAGCUGUACACACCAACGGGUCGGCACAUUUUCUGGGUCAUGCACAACAUUCUUCAAAUACAGUACACCCUUACAAACAUGCAUUCCCCCCCGGAAUUCGAUCACUGGCUCAACAUCAUAGAACAGACUAUGCGCCCCCUCGAGGCUCCUCUGCUGCAAAUUGGGCGCUCCAUCUCCUCGACGUGUUCUCUGCUAUCCGAGCUGGUACCCGUCGUCCGCAGCGGGGACACGCAGCGGGCCGUCGCUGCGUAUGAGCCACUCCUGUCCGAGUUCAACCACGCAGAGCUCGCCAUGUCGGAAUGGAUGCGAGCAGCCCCCGAAGAUCAAAAAGGACCCGCGCCCACGUUCGAGUACUUCUGGAACUCAUGGCGCAGCGCGCAGAUCAAGGUCCAUCACAUGAUGAUCCUGCUGACCAACCUCGUCGAACACGCGCCCAACUGCCCUUUCAGCCCUGAAGCACUGCAGUUACGUAGAGAGCUUUGCCUACAAGCUAUCGCGGCGGCGAGCCGGGACAUCUUCGACACCAUUCCGACGUUUCUGGGCGGCAAGGCGCCCAGGGCGGACUCGAACUCGCUGACUGCCUACAAUGAUGCCGUCCGGCUGAUAUGGCCGCUUACCCAUAUGUACAUCAUCCCGACGACGCCGACCCAUUUGCGGGUGGCGGCGAGGGAGGCGCUGCUGCGGAUAGGGACGGAGCAGGGGAUAAUGGCGGCUCUCGAGCCGCGGCCAGGAUUGGCUGAAUUUUUCCCCCUUGAGGCGUUGAAGGGCAUUCCGGUUGAUGACAUGGAUAACAGCCAAGGGCCGCAAGCGUCAGCCUCCAUCGUCACAAAACGGCUAAACGGCCGCAAGACUAUCGUCCUGUUAGGCUCCCGCAAUCAAAUCGAAAGCCUGGCAUCGGUGGGCGAAGGCCCGCUCACUGGUGGGUUCGCGUCGAUCAAUACGGCAUUUGCGUGCCGGGACAAGCCACCCUCUAUACCGCAUGGGGAAAAUGCAUUCGAGGUCCUCGAAUACUGGGUGGAUUGGGGCUCAUUCACCAACCAGAUGGACAAGCGAUACCGCAUGGGGAAAUGCAUUCGAGGGUCCAGCGCUGCGGUUGAGGAAUUCGAUUUUGGGGUCCACCUUCACGAUUGGGGAAACCGAUUCGACGGUCAUGGUUUGCCCUAUGCUGGGUCGUUGGGGUCAGCCACCAACAAGAUGGACAGGGGGCGCAAUACAAAAGAUCUUUUCCAGGCGCGCCUUUGCGAGCUUAUGAGGACAUGGAUCCGAACCGUCGAGCAUCAUUGGCGCGCCCACCUUGGAUAG